AUGAACGGGGUCCCUCAUUCUCAGUUGGCUCCUUUGCCUGACCAAGUGCCAUUCCGGAUCGUCUCUCCCACCAUCGGCUCCGGUGCAUACGCAUGGUAUUUGAUCCCCUGCCCCUCCAUGCUGCAAGUGCCAUACAGAGAUUUGCUAAUGAUUCCACGAAGCAUCAAAAAAGCCGCUCCUCUCCACGCCGACAAUCCCGUCUUUGCAGUCAAGUUUAUCAAUAAACUCUUCGCCCAGAAGUAUGGCCGGAUCAAGCAGAAGCAGCUCGAGAUGGAGAUAUCCCUACACAAGCACAUUGGCCUCCACAAGAACAUCAUCGAGUUUUACGACCAUGGUCACGAUCAUGCUUGGGUUUGGAUUGCAAUGGAACUGGCCGAAGGAGGUGACCUUUUUGACAAGAUCGAAGCCGAUGCUGGCGUUGCGGAAGACAUUGCACAUGUUUAUUUUACCCAACUCAUCAGUGCAAUUGGCUACAUGCAUUCGAAGGGCGUCGCCCAUCGGGACAUAAAGCCGGAGAACGUUCUUCUCUCUGCCGAUGGAGAUCUCAAGAUUGCAGAUUUUGGGAUGGCCACCCUGUUCGAGUAUCACGGCCGGACGAAGCUGGCCACCACGCUGUGUGGAAGUCCGCCUUACGUUGCUCCAGAGGUUCUGUCGUGUAGCACACAGGCUGGCACGAAAGGAAGUGGUUAUGCAGCCAACAUGGCAGAUGUCUGGUCUUGCGGAGUCGUCCUGUUCGUCUUGCUUGCAGGAAACACCCCCUGGAGUAGACCGGUGGAGGGACGAGAUGAGUACGGGAGACCAAAUGAGUUCAGUGAGUAUGUUCAGAGCAAUGGGAAGCCAUCUGACGAGCUGUGGGACGCACUUCCCCCAGAGGUGCCUUCUCUCCUCCGCGGCAUGAUGAGGGUCGAUGUCAAAACGCGAUUUUCCCUUGAGGAUGUACGCCGGCAUCCUUGGUUUACCCGGCCGAACAGAUUCAUGGACCAAAUGGGUCGACUAAAAGACCCGAUCACUCUGGCCACAAACAUGUUUGAAUCCCUCCGGGUCAGCUUCAACGCGGAUCCAUUUGCAGGGACGCAGAAAAGUCAAAACCUAGACUCCAUGGAGGUUGAUGGAGGCUUUCAGGCGAGGUUCGCCUCAACCCAACCCGAGACGCCCGGCGAGGAUAUGUUAUUUGAUUGGGGUCGACCAAAACACCUUGCUACGUCAAGCACGCAGGUGGGAUCAGGCUUCACGUCGGCGACACAGUCAAUGUCAACAGCGCAAUAUCUCGAAGACGAGCCGUCGAUGUCACAGUUCCAGUCCAACCCGAGCGUCCCUCUUAGCCGGACUCAGAUGGCUCGUCGGUUUCACGACAUAUUGCCCUCUUCAGGCUUGACAAAAUUCUACUCGGGUUGGGCGUUGAAUCUCCUUGUCCCCCAUGUCCUGGAGGCCUUGAGCCGAUUAGGAGUGCCAACUCCAAACAUUCCUCGGCCUACGGCUCAAGAUUGCGAGUUUCUAGUCAAGGUUAAAACCCAAGAUAGUCGUGGAUGUCCCCUGAGCGGCAACAUCGCCAUGGAAGCGGUCAGUGAAGAACUGAUAGAGGUGUGUUUCGUCAAGGCUUCGGGCGACCCGCUGGAGUGGCGAAGGUUCUUCAAGCGGAUGGCGGUGCUAUGUCAGGAUGCUGUGGUUAGGCCAGAGUUCUGA